AUGGCGGCGCGGGGCGGCGGGCGGUGAGCGAGGGGCGGCAGCGGCCGCGGGCCGCCAUGACCUACACGGCCGAGCAGCUGGACGGGGUGCAGCGGAUCAAGCGGUGCCGGGAUUACUACGAGAUCCUGGGGGUGAGGCGGGACGCCGGCGAGGAGGAGCUGAAACGGGCGUACCGCAGGCUGGCCCUCAAGUUCCACCCCGACAAGAACCGCGCGCCCGGAGCCACCGAGGCCUUCAAAGCAAUAGGCAACGCUUUUGCAGUUCUGAGCAACCCUGAGAAACGGCUCCGCUACGAUGAGCUGGGCAGUGACCACGAGCACGUCAGCACUGGCCAGGCCAGGCACUACAAUUACUACACAGAAUUCGAAGCAGACAUCACACCAGAAGAAAUAUUCAAUGUGUUUUUUGGUGGGCACUUCCCUACAGGGAAUAUCCACAUGUUCUCCAAUGUAGCCAGAGAUGCUCACUAUUACCCACGGAGGCACCGGGCUGAGAGGGCGUGGACACAGGAGCCGGAGGAGGAGGAGCACAGGCCACAGAAUUCAUACUCUGCAUUUAUCCAGUUGAUGCCAGUUUUUAUCAUCAUAAUAGUGUCAGUUAUCACCCAGCUGAUGGCCACCAACCCACCCUACAGCUUAUUCUACAAAUCGUCCAUAGGCCACGUUGUCAGCAGAGAAACAGAGAACUUGCAGGUGCCUUACUAUGUUGAUAAAAACUUUGAAAAGAAUUAUCAAGGAGCAGAACUUCAAGAGCUUGAGAAAACAGUUGAGAAAGAUUACAUAGACUACAUUCAGACCAGCUGCUGGAAGGAGAAACAGCAAAAGUCUGAUUUGUCCAAUUUGGCCAAGCUCUACAGAGAUGAGAGGUUAAAACAGAAAGCAGAGUCCCUGAAACUUGAGCACUGUGAGAAGCUCUCCAGUCUGAUUGGGAUGCACAAAGGGGGCUGACCAGGACGCACACACACACCUUCUGUACUUUUAUUUAUUGCUGUUUUAACUUAAGGUUUUUUUUUUCCUCCGUGUGAAAAGGGAAGGAGUCUGUUGUAAAGAGUCUGGAUAUUGGAGUCCCUCCGCAGGGGCCAGCACGAGCUGCAGGGCUGCUGUUUGCUGUAAUAUAUCCUGUACAUUCGAUUUGGUUCCAAGGA